ACAUUACAUUUUAUUAUGCAUUAAAUGUGCUGUAGCAAAGCUGUUAUAUCAGAACAGAGCAAACGUUUUAAAAAAUGCAUAAAAUAAGAUUAUGUUCUCGCAGUUUGAAAAAAUUCACACCACAGCGGUAUUCAAGUGCAAAUUAUGCAACUGACCUAAAGAUGCCUGAAGCAUGGACAACUGCAGCAAAGAAAGUUCUGAAAGGAAAGGAUCCAUUGGAAGUUUUAGCUUGGCACACUGCAGAGGGAAUAACAGUUAAGCCCUUAUAUACCAAGCAAGACACUAAGGAUCUUCCAGAUGAACUGCCUGGAGGGUUUCCAUACACUCGUGGACCGUAUCCUACCAUGUAUUCUCAAAGGCCAUGGACUAUACGACAGUAUGCUGGAUUUAGUACUGUGGAAGAGAGUAAUGCUUUUUAUAAAGAGAACAUAAAGAUGGGUCAGCAAGGUCUUUCAGUUGCGUUUGACUUGGCUACACAUUGUGGAUAUGAUUCUGAUAAUAGUAGAGUAACUGGUGAUGUUGGUAUGGCUGGUGUUGCUGUGGAUUCUGCUGAAGACAUGAAAGCUUUGUUUGAUGGUAUACCACUCGAUAAGAUUUCUGUGUCGAUGACCAUGAAUGGCGCUGUCAUUCCUGUUUUAGCAAUGUUUAUUGUGGCUGGAGAAGAGCAGGGUGUCAAAAAGGAAUUACUGUCUGGUACUAUUCAGAAUGAUAUCUUAAAAGAAUUCAUGGUGCGUAAUACAUACAUCUAUCCUCCUGAUCAUUCAAUGAGAAUUAUUGGAGACAUUUUUUCCUAUGUUUCUAAAAACAUGCCUAAAUUCAAUUCCAUUUCGAUAUCAGGCUACCACAUACAAGAGGCUGGUGCAAAUGCUGUACUUGAGCUGGCUUUCACCAUUGCUGAUGGUUUGGAAUAUGCAAGAACAGGGUUGAAAGCUGGUUUGAGUAUUGAUGAAUUUGCUCCCCGUUUGUCUUUUUUCUGGGGCAUAGGAAUGAAUUUUUAUAUGGAAAUAGCAAAAAUGAGAGCCGCUCGUCGAUUGUGGGCAGAGCUCAUAAAAGAGAAGUUUAAUCCUAAAGAUAAAAAGUCUCUGAUGCUGAGAACACAUUGUCAAACUUCUGGAUGGUCAUUAACUGAACAGGAUCCUUAUAAUAACAUAAUAAGAACUACAGUGGAAGCCAUGGCUGCUGUUUUUGGUGGAACUCAGUCACUGCACACAAAUUCUUUUGAUGAAGCAUUAGCUUUACCGACAAAGUUUAGCGCUAGGAUUGCCCGAAAUACCCAAAUUAUUUUACAAGAAGAAACAGGAAUUCCACAUGUUAUAGAUCCAUGGGGAGGAUCCUAUAUGAUGGAAUCUUUGACCAAUGAUAUUUAUGAAGAGGCGAAAAAAGUCAUACAAGAGAUAGAAGAAAUGGGUGGCAUGGCCAAAGCCGUUAUCAGUGGAAUGCCUAAACUUCGAAUUGAAGAAUGUGCUGCUAAGAGACAAGCACGUAUUGACAGUGGAAAAGAAGUCAUUGUUGGUGUUAAUAAAUAUCAGAAAGAUAAAGAAGAUCCCAUUGAUGUUUUGAUGAUAGAUAAUACAAAAGUGCGUGCUCUACAAAUUGAGAAAUUAGCUAAGAUUAAAGCUACUCGAAACACUGAACAGGUAGAGAAAGUAUUAGCCGAAAUUACAGAAUGUGCUAAAACUGGAAAUGGCAAUUUAUUGGGACUUGCUGUUGAAGCUGCCGCAGCCAGAGCAACUGUGGGGGAAAUAACUCAAGCAAUGGAAGCGAUUUUUGGACGCCACGUCGCAGCUGAUAGGUUAGUAUCUGGAGCAUAUAAGACGGAAUAUGGUGAAUCUGAAGAAAUAGAAGCAGUGCGAGAAAGAGUGGAGGCAUUUUUACAAGAGGAAGGUCGAAGACCUCGUGUUCUUGUUGCUAAAAUGGGACAAGAUGGACAUGAUCGAGGAGCAAAAGUUAUUGCUACAGGAUUUGCAGAUUUAGGAUUCGAUAUAGAUGUUGGACCUCUCUUUCGGACCCCAGAUGAAGUUGCUCAACAAGCUGUUGAUGCAGAUGUUCACGCUGUAGGUGUAAGCAGUUUAGCAGCAGCACAUAGAACUCUUGUUCCACAGUUAGCAAAAGCAUUGAAAGAUCUGAAUCGGAAUGACAUUCUGAUUUUUGUGGGUGGUGUUAUCCCACCUCAAGAUUAUGACUUUUUGUUUGAAGCUGGAGCUGCUGCUGUAUUUGGCCCAGGUACUAAGAUACCUACUUGUGCGAUGAAGGUAGUGGAAUUGAUUUCUAAGUCUACUCAGAAUAAAGAAAGGCAAAGAGUAAAAUAACAUUCUAAACCAAAAAUCAAUCAACUUGAAUCUCAUGCUUUGUUGUCAAGAUCUGAAAAUUAUGUACAUAAGAGAAAUUAUUUUUGUUAAUAAAAUGUCUUUUAUUUAAGAU